CGAUUCUUUAUGAGAGGAGGAAAGAAAGUUCUCGUCUAUCGACGACGAGGAUUUCUAGGUACUUAAAACGUUUUCUUCCAUCGGGUCUGGUGCGUGUUAAAAUGGAAGAGCGUGAAGCAAAGCGACCGCGCCUGAAUCCGGCGCCGCUGCUCGUUUUUGCCCACGGCGCUGGGGCUCCGUCCUCAUCCGACUGGAUGAUCAGAUGGAAGAACCUGUUGGCAACGGCGACCAACGCCGUGGAUGUGAUAACAUUCGACUAUCCCUAUCUUUCUGGAGGAAAGAAGGGUGCUCCACCCAAGGCCGAGAAGCUCGUCGAUUUCCAUCUCCAGCAAGUUAACAAGGGCGUGGAGAAAUACCCAGGACACCCAGUAGUUCUCGUGGGCAAAUCUAUGGGUUCAAGGGUGGGUUGCAUGGUAGCUGCGAAAGCCGGCUCACACCAGAUAGCUGCUGCAAUAUGUCUGGGUUAUCCGCUUAAGGGAACCAAGGGAUCGCUUAGAGAUCAAACCUUACUUGAAGUUCCAGUACCAACAAUGUUCGUCCAGGGGACCAAAGACACGAUGUGUCCGCUCGAUAAGCUCCACAGCGUCCUCACAAAGAUGCCAGUCAAGACCUCUCUCCACACCAUCGAAGGAGGAGACCACUCCUUCAAAGUCCCAAAGAAGGUGCUUGACAAGAACAGCGCAACGCAGGAGUCCCUUGAGCUCCAUGCCGUAAAUGCGAUCCAGCUGUUCCUCGCGGACUCCCUGUGCAUGCAAUGAGCUUAGCAUGUAAGUAAAUAUUUCUCUUUGAAAAUUCUAGACUAGCGAGAGAACUUUCUACACGUCGUACAAAGUGGCACCAGCUUUAGUACUUUAGAACUGGUUUUGCAAGCAAUUGGCUUGAGUACUCUUGAGACGUGAAGAAUGGCCAAGCAGGAGCUCAUUAAGUUCGAUCAGGGUUGGCAUCUUUCAAGGUGCCACGUGCACUGUCGGUUGGCGUUUAAAGCUAAUCAAGAUGCGAUUCGCAUCGCAUGGCAUUGUCUCA